AGAUACCAUGGCCGAGCCAAAUCUGAAGCUUCAUGUUGCAGUGUUCCCAUGGUUAGCUUUAGGUCACAUGAUUCCUUACUUGCAACUCUCAAAGCUCAUAGCAAGGAAAGGCCAUACCGUCUCCUUUAUCUCCACAGCUCGUAACAUUUCACGUCUUCCCAAUAUAUCCUCCGACCUUUCCGUGAAUUUCGUGUCUUUGCCUUUAAGUCACAACGUCGACCACCUCCCAGAGAACGCUGAGGCCACCACUGAUGUCCCGGGGACACACAUAGCCUAUCUCAAGAAAGCGUUUGAUGGGCUUUCUGAAGCUUUCUCAGAGUUUUUAGAAGCUUCCAAACCAAACUGGAUAGUGUAUGAUAUCUUGCACCAUUGGGUCCCACCUAUCGCUGAGAAGCUCAGCGUGAGACGAGCCAUCUUCUGCACGUUCAACGCAGCUUCCAUCGUCAUCAUCAGUGGGCCAGCAUCAGUCAUGAUUCAUGGUCAUGACCCUCGAAAGACCGCUGAAGAUCUUACCGUGCCUCCACCAUGGGUCCUGUUUGAGACCAACAUAGUUUACCGUCUCUUUGAGGCUAGGAGGAUCGUGGAGUAUCCCACGGCAGGUGUAACUAGGCCUGGGAUAAAUUGGGUUUGGCUUACGUUGGCUCUGAGGUUAUUGCGAUUACUGAGCCAUGGUUCAGUUGGUGGGUUUGUUACUCAUUGUGGGUGGGGAUCAGCUGUGGAAGGGCUUAGCUUUGGUGUAUUGGUGCUUCUGUGGCAGAGACAAUCAGACAGCUUGGAAAUUUCAAGGAAUGAGCGAGACGGGUUGUUCAUGAGUGCUUCUGUGGCAGAGGUUGUUGUGGAAGAAGAAGGAAAGAUCUACAGAAACAAUGCUGCAUCUCACAAGAGAUUGCAAGAUCAUUAUGCGGAUGGUUUUAUCGAGUUUCUGGAGAAUCCUAGAGCUGGAGUGUAUAGCAAAUAAUGAAGAAGUUUACAGUCUUCUCUGUCAACGUCAGCGAGAUGUGUAAUAAGAGUUGAGAAUAUAAGGCACAAUCAAU